AUGCAACGACACGAGCGCAAAUUCACAGCUCGACGUUCCAACCCCUAUCCUGCAGAUGUAAUUCUUGCUUCUGCAGCAUCAUCAUCAACAGAAUUUCAAGAAACUCCAUCUCCCACGCAAGAAAGAAGUUCCAUUCUUUCUUCCUUUGCUAAAUUUUUCACAAAUUUAAUCCCAACAACAUGGCUGUCCAGAAAGAGCGUGCAGAGCACCCGAGAAACGACAUUGAACAAUGAGAGCAGUAGACUAGAUGAAGAAUUCACGGAACAACCUCAAGUAGACGAAGAAUAUGUUGAACAAAUUUUGAAACUCUAUCCUCAAGCAACUCCUGAAGAAAUCCGAAUGGCAUCCACUUGUCCAAGUUUAUGGCAAAUUAUUCAUGAUGCCGUUGAAUCUAAAAAACAUAAUGGAAACCACUCGCGCAUUGGAAAUACCGAUCUUGGAUUAAGUACGAACGCCACUGUUCAUUCGGAGUUUAAUAACGAUAUUAUAUCCAUUGAAGAUGAGCAACCCUCCCAAUUGAAAUCGUCAUCAUUAGGUAUUGAAAACAAAACUCCAACAGAUGUAGUUCGAUCUAUGAUCAAAGGAACAUCAAGUAGUAAUCCUUCUAAGAGACUAUUGUUCCCAGGAAGUCUCAAUUCUCAGAAAAAGGAGCUUUUAAAUCCACAUAUUGUACGUGGAAAUGCAAAGAAAGAUACUACAUCAUCUUCUAAACGAUCACACGAGUCUUUUCAACCACAAAAAUCGAACGUACCAUCGGAGACAGAUAGCAAACCUACUAAACGUGUGAAACAUUUAUAUCCUCAAGGCGCAAAAACGUACAGCGAAACAGCAAAGAGAAUUCUAGAAACCCUUGACCAAUUGUCAUCUCCAUUGAUUGACGUGGAAAGAGUACCACCAAAACCAUUGGCUAUGCGUUUAUCUACAGUGGAAAGAACUCAAAGCAAGCUAAGAAAGAGUACGUCACAACUCGAUGAUGAGGAUAUAAUUCCAUCAUCGAGUAUGAAUGAUGUCGUAUCCACUUCGAAAGUUGAAUCGAGAAAGAAGUAUCAAGCUCCAGUAGCUGAAAAGAAAGAAGUGCCUAAACCCGAAAAACCAGUUAAAACUACCAAAUUCGCUCCCAGUGUCGAUGAAGCUACUCCAACCAAACGCAAGCAUAUUGUUAGAAAAGAUUCAACACCAUAUGCCAGAAAAAGUAAGCAAGCAGAACCAGUGGAAGAAGAGGAAGAGGAAGAAGAAGAGACCUUUGAAGAAGCAACACGAGAGAAGAGAGAAAAACUUUCUCAAGUUCCUCCACUUGCUAAUUUCCUCCCUCAACUGCCUCUAUUAAUUUUACCUUCAACUCUACUAAACCCUUAA